GCACUUGGUCCUGGGGCAACAGCUAUACAAAGCCCAACGUAUACGCAGCAUGGCUCUUUGGCCAUCCGAACAUGUGGCAUCCUUGCAUCGUGAUUUUCACUGUUUUGGAACCUGGAUGUUCGAGUCCGACACAAAUUAUUCAACUACUAAUCGGGAGAUACUACCUCAAAAAACACCAAAUGCGCAAGUCAAGACCUGCCCUUCGCCAUUUCCUGUCUUGUUUGUAGUUGAGUCAUCUAUGCAAUGUUGUCUAUCGGUGGAGAACAAUGUGCUGUCACUGUAAGUAAUGAAUCUGGUGCUAUAAAUUUGACGCGAAAUUAUCUUCACAUUCCGAACCAGACUGAGGCUUCGCACCACACGAAAGAAACCUGCAAUGUUGUCAUUUUUGGAGAAACGGGCGCUGGAAAAAGCUCUUUGAUCAAUUUGGUCGCUAAGAAGCACACGGCGCAGACAUCCCGCGACGCUACGGGAUGUACCAUUAAACCCAUCGGGUACGACGUCUCAAUGCAAAACAACCAUUUGAAGGUGAAGCUUUUUGAUACCCCGGGUCUUGAUGAGGGCUCUGAAGGAGCAGUCCCUCAUAAAGAAGCUCAACAAGUCUUGAAGAAACUCAUUGAAAGUCUUCGAGAUGAUGUUCAGCUCCUCAUAUACUGCGUGCGGGGCGUGAGAGCUAGUAAGGCGCUCUGCCGCAACUACAACUUCAUCCGUUCGGAAGUGAAGGAGAGAGUUCCAAUCGUCCUUGUCGCUACUUGUUUGGAAUACCAGGAACCAGAGAUGGAAGACUGGUGGAAGAAUAACGAACGACUCAUCUCAGGCUUCGGGAUGACCUUUGCUGGCCAUGCAUGUGUCACCACGGUGACUAUCAACGAAGAUGAAGGAACCAGGCUCAAGCAGCGCCAUGACCAAUCAUACCACGCCCUUUGCCAACUUAUCGAGCAGUGUCGCACAAAAGGGAGUCAAUGUCACGGUUCACUGUUGGAUGUUGGCGACAGGCAUCAUAACACUAUCCGGCAGGUACCUCCUGAAAUGGUUACAGGGGACUCGGUUUUCAGUUGCUCCUCGUACCGCAUUUUGCCAACCUUGAUUAAUAGAAAUAGUAUCGUACUCACUGGGGACUCGGUGGCUAGCAGUGGCUCACCCGCCAGCGUCAGGGAGAUAGCAGCCACGUAUCCUGACCAGCAACGCCGUGCUCCGCAACGUCAAGAUACCGUUGCCAAUUCUGAGGUGUUUAAUACCACUCACAAGCGGAAAACUAUCGUAGUCUUUGGGGAGACAGGAGCAGGCAAAAGCUCGCUCGUCAACCUCAUGGCGGGAAAGGAGGUAGCACGCACAUCUCCUGACACGCAACGCUGUACAAUGAGAUGGACAGAGUAUCCUAUCGACUUCCAUGGUAGCUCGUACAUGGUUUUCGAUACCAUCGGGCUCGAAGAACCGCAGCUGGGGAUCAAAGAAUACAUCGAGUCUGUCGAAAACGCCUAUAAGCUCGUCAGGGAACUGGAUGAAAAAGGCGGCAUUGAUCUGCUCAUAUUCUGCAUUCGUGCUAGCAGAGUCACUGCUACGCAUCAAAGCAAUUAUCGUCUCUUUCACGAAUUCCUCUGCGAGAAGAAGGUUCCCAUGGUGCUCGCCAUCACAAACCUCGAGAGAGAGCAGAGGAUGGAGGACUGGUGGGAUAGAAACAAGGAGACCUUCAACAAGUACAAGAUAAAGGUCGCCGGUCAUGUGUGCAUUACCACCGCGAGUAGAUUGGACGGCAGACACAAGGACCUUUAUGAACAAUCGCGCAUCACGAUCCGCAAGCUUGUCGAGGAAUUUACUGCCGACGGACAGAAGCAGGCAUGGAUGGGAGGGGACAACCUGUUUGUGUUGUUGAUGCGCAGGCUGAAGGGGCUACUUGCAAUAGGUUCACAUGUGAAAAGGAAGGAUAUUGUCCCUCGUCUCACGAAGCGCUGUGGCAUAUCUCCGGACGUCGCGAAACAGUUGGCUGAUGCGAUCAAGUUAGUUUGA